AUGCUGCGUUUGUCGGUUCUUCUGGGUCUCACGGCCGCGGCCAUCGCUGUCGCGCGCCUGUUGUCGAUUGGCCGUCGACCCAAGAACUAUCCGCCAGGGCCGCCGACCCUGCCUCUUCUUGGGAAUAUUCACCAGAUGCCCAAACGCGAUGCCCAUCUUCAGUUCGCCAAAUGGGCUAAAGAAUACGGCCCAGUCUACAGUCUCAUACUCGGUACUCAAUGCUUGAUCGUCUUGUCCAGUGAUGAAGCGGUCAAGGCAUUACUUGAUAAGAAGAGUGGAAUCUACUCGCACAGACAGGAAAUGUAUAUCGGCCAGGAAGUAUGUAGCGGUGGUUUGAGACUGCUGAUGAUGGGAUAUGGACCAAAAUGGCGUGGAUUCCGCAAGAUGGUACACGGGCUCCUCAACGUGACCACCUCCAAAUCCUAUGUGGUUUAUCAGAUGCUUGAGAACAAGCAGAUGCUCUACGAGUUCCUCACCGAGCCGGACCGAUUCUUGUACCAUAUCCGCCGGUACUCCAAUGCAUUGACAACUACCAUGGUUUUCGGAUGGCGUACCCCAACUUAUGAGGAUGCGAAAAUGAAGCAAUUGUUCGACGGUUUCUCUGAAUUUGCUGAGAUCAACCAGACUGGAGCUGCGGCCCUGAUUGACUUCUUCCCUUGGCUCAGAAACCUACCAGACUUCCUCCUACCUCUCCACAAGAAGGCUAAGGACCUCCAUAAACACGAGAAGGCUCUGUAUUUGGGACACUGGCUCAAGGCAAAGGAUGACAUCCGAAGAGGAACAAUCAAGCCUUGCUUCUGCGUUGGUAUGGCCGAAGCACAGAAGUCUGAAGGUUUCGAUGACGACCAGGCUGCCUAUAUUUCCGGUACCCUCUUGGAGGCUGGUUCCGACACCACUUCUAGCACACUGUACGCUUUCGUUCAAGCUAUGCUCUUGUAUCCUGAGAUCCAACGCCGGGCGCAAAAAGAAAUCGAUGAAGUUGUCGGAACCGACCGCAUGCCAAACAUGGAUGAUCAGGAUAGCCUGCAAUACAUUCGCGCCAUCAUGAAAGAGACCCUCCGCUGGAUGCCCACCACCAUUCUCGGUGCCGUGCCACACGCCGUUACUCAGGAUGAUCACUACAUGGGCUACCUCAUCCCAAAGGGAGCCGGUGUCAUGAACAACGUCUGGGGUAUUCACCACGACGAAAAACGCCACCCCAGCCCUCGCGUCUUCAAUCCAGAGCGCUACAUCAACGAUCACCAGAGCCUUGGCGAAUCCGCCGCCAACCCUGACGGCACCAAGCGUGAUCAAUUCACCUUCGGCGCUGGUCGCCGUAUCUGCCCUGGUAUUCACGUCGCUGAGCGCAGUCUCUUCCUUGGCAUGUCCCGAAUCCUCUGGGCUUUCAACAUCGAGCCCGCUUCUGACUCCCAGGGCCGCCCGAUUAUUCCAGACCCGGAUCGUUUGACCCAGGGUUUCGUGUGUAUGCCCGAGGAGUUCCCUGCAAAGAUCACCCCGAGAUCCAAGGCCAGAGCGGACUUUGUGACUCGUGAGUGGAAGGAGGCAGAGAAGGCCUGCUUGGACCCCCAGUCCAAGCAGUGGCUCUUGCAUCCUCUCGAGUAG